AGUUUUCUCUCAAAAAUUUUAACAGUCUGUGACCAAAAGGGCAAAGCUCUCACCACAACACAACACAAUACAAACAUUUUGCCAUUAGCCAUUGCCAUUAGCAAUUAGGAUCUAUCCAUUAGGGGGCAAAGGAAAAAAAGAAAAAAAGAAAAAAGGAAAACCCUCAAAAAUCCUUUCUUUCUCCUCUUCCCUUUUCUUUGUCUCUUAUAAAUAAAACUACACCACCAAAUCUCAUCUGUCAUCAACUUUUUUCAUCUCCUCUCCAUAGAAUUCGAUCUCCUUUUUUUUUUUUUUUUUAAUCUUCUAGUUCAAUCCAAAUCGAUCCUGAUAAAUCACAAUAAACCCAUAAUUCCUGGAUCCUUUCUAUUAUUAUAAUUAUUGCUAUCAUUAAUUAAAUUGACUUACCUGUUGAUUUAGUGUCUGAUUCGAUUGUAUUUCAUUGACUCGAUUGUUUUUGGAUCCGUUUCUGUUAAUUAGGUUCAAAUGAAAGGGUAGAAAUGGAAUGAUUUUGUUAUGGAUAUAUUUGAUGGAUGAUGAAUCUGUGCUGCUAGUGUAAUUUUUUUUUUUUGUUUUGAAAAAAAUUUAAAUAAUUAAACUGAGCAAUAAUAAGAAUAAGAGAUGCCUGGAAUAGCGCAGAGAAAUGAACAAUUAAGAAAUGCAACAUCAAAUGGUGUUUAUUCAGUUUCUACCAAUGGAUUCUGGUCAAAACACCGCGAUGAUGUUAGCUACAAUCAGCUUCAGAAGUUCUGGACUGACCUGUCACCACAAGCUCGACAUAAGCUACUGCGAAUUGACAAGCAAACGCUGUUUGAGCAAGCUCGUAAGAACAUGUAUUGUUCUAGAUGUAACGGACUACUGCUUGAAGGUUUCUUGCAGAUUGUCAUGUAUGGAAAGUCCUUGCAGCAAGAGGGGGGAGGUGGCCAUCUAUCUUGCAAUCGACCAGGAGCUCUAAAAAAUCAAAAUGAUGGAGAAUCAAAUAUGAUAAAUGGGUCCCAAGAUGAAAUUCAGGAUCCAUCUGUCCAUCCCUGGGGUGGUCUUACCACAACACGUGAUGGCUCGUUGACGCUUUUGAAUUGCUACUUGUUUUCAAAGUCCCUUAAGGUUCUCCACAAUGUCUUUGAUAGCGCACGAGCAAGGGAACGGGAAAGGGAAUUACUCUAUCCUGAUGCCUGUGGUGGGGGAGGUCGGGGUUGGAUAAGCCAAGGAAUGGCAAGUUAUGGUAGAGGACAUGGAACUAGAGAAACGUGUGCCCUGCACACUGCCAGACUGUCAUGCGAUACGUUAGUGGAUUUCUGGUCAGCACUUGGAGAAGAGACUCGACAGUCUCUUUUAAGAAUGAAGGAAGAGGAUUUCAUUGAGAGGCUCAUGUACAGGUUUGACAGCAAGAGAUUUUGCAGAGAUUGCAGACGGAAUGUUAUUCGUGAGUUCAAGGAGCUAAAGGAGCUGAAGCGCAUGCGGCGAGAACCUCGCUGCACCAGUUGGUUUUGUGUUGCAGAUACAGCUUUUCAAUACGAGGUGUCUGAUGAGGCAAUCCAGGCUGAUUGGCACCAAACUUUUGCUGAUACUAUCGGGUCUUAUCAUCACUUUGAGUGGGCAGUUGGAACAGGAGAAGGCAAAGCCGACAUUCUAGAAUUUGAAAAUGUAGGCAUGAGUGGAAGUGCUGAAGUCAAUGGCCUAGAUCUUGGUGGUGUAAGUGCAUGUUUUAUUACCUUGAGGGCAUGGAAACUAGAUGGUCGCUGCACUGAGCUUUCUGUAAAAGCCCAUGCGUUAAGGGGUCAACAAUGUGUGCAUUGUAGGCUAGUAGUUGGAGAUGGUUUUGUUAGAAUCACUAGAGGGGAAAGCAUCAGAAGGUUUUUUGAACAUGCCGAGGAGGCAGAGGAAGAAGAGGAUGAUGAUUCCAUGGACAAGGAUGGAAAUGAACUCGAUGGAGAAUGCUCCCGUCCCCAAAAGCAUGCGAAGAGUCCUGAACUUGCUCGAGAAUUUCUUCUAGAUGCUGCAACUGUUAUUUUUAAGGAACAGGUUGAAAAGGCUUUCAGAGAAGGAACUGCACGCCAAAAUGCACACAGUAUCUUUGUUUGUCUUGCAUUAAAACUUCUCGAAGAGCGUGUCCAUGUUGCAUGCAAAGAAAUUAUCACAUUGGAAAAGCAGAUGAAACUUCUUGAAGAAGAGGAAAAGGAAAAGCGUGACGAGGAAGAACGCAAAGAGAGAAGAAGAACAAAAGAAAGAGAAAAAAAGCUUCGAAGGAAGGAGAGGUUAAAAGGGAAGGAAAAGGAUAAAGAAAAGAAAUGCCCUGAAUCAAAUGAUCUUUUCGAAGUCUCAAAAGAUGAAACAUCAGCAAGUGUUGAUGAGGGACCUAAUAAUGCCAUCAGCUGUAGGGAUUCAGUAAGUGAAACUUGUGAUAUUUCUUUAUCCAGGCCUGGAUCUCCUGAUAUUCAGGAACAAGUAUUCUCAAACGGAUAUGGCUCACCCAUAAUGCAAAAUAACUUCAAUGACAAUUUUGAUGGAGAGGUUACUGAUGUGAAAGAUGAGACUGGUUCUUUUACAAUUGAACAAUCAAAAUUCUCUCGCCGGAGAUUGAAAUUUCGGAAAGAAGUUCAACUCGAUCCCUCUGUGAAGUGGCCUGAUAGACAUAGAUUUGCAAUUGUUUCAGAAAAUGGGGCUAUGGCCAACAGAUCCGAGUCGAGACAUUACAGUGAUAAUUCUGAGACUCCUCCAAAGGGUGUUAAUGGAUCACAUAAGCAAUCAAGGAUCAAUGGACCAAAGUCCAAUGGUCGAAAUUGUGGCCUAAAAUAUAAUGAGAAAUUUCAUUGUCUCAACAACAGGAUGAAUGACAGAUAUGACUUCCAUUCUUGCAGCUGUCACCAAAACAAUGAAUACAGAGUGAAGGUUGAACCACAUGUUUCUGCAGUUAGAAUUGGCCGAGAUAGCAAACCUGUUGGUAAGUCAGAAUCUGCACUGGAUAUGUCCAAGCAAUUUUAUCGUGGUAACAAGUAUGGGCAGACAGAUUAUGCCCGUGAAGGUUGUGGAAGACCCAAAAACAAAAGCAUUUCAGCAAACAAUUCUUCUAUCAGAGAUAUGCUUCAUUCUAAGAAAGUUUGGGAGCCUUUGGAGUCACACAAAAAGUAUCCUCGGAGCAACUCAGACGGCGAUGUCACCUUGAGGUCAUCUAACUUCAAGGUUGAGAGUGUUGAUUCUGAAAGAAACCUCUUCGAGUCAUCUGGCGAUAGAUGUUCUGGCGAAGUUACUGGAAAUUCAAAUGAAAUUGAUAAUGAGAAUAAUACGGAGGAAUCAGGAAACUCUAGCCUCAAUAAAGACUGCCAGAAUGGACAUAAUGUGGAGGUGGACCCUUGCUACUCAACAGAAGCUCCUUGCAAUGGUGCCAGUUCAUGUCCUGCUAAGUACUCUGGCUUGGGUGGGACUUCUGAUCCCAUCUUGGGCAGCACUUCAAAUUCUGAUAACUGCUCAUCAUGUCUUAGUGAGGGAGAUAGCAAUACAGCCUCUUCUAGCCAUGGGAAUCUGGAGUCGUCGUCCACAUCAGAUUCAGAAGAUACCAGUCAGCAAUCAGAAGGAAGAGACACUUCACUGUGUCAAAAUGGUUUCUCCAAUUCCCAUGAAGUGGCCAUGGAAAACAAACCAAGCAUAAAUGGAGGGGAAGCAUAUGGAAGCCGGAGGCUAUUUGGGCUUCCGCCAGAAUGUCCGAGAUUGAAUGCUCUGGGAAAUAUGCCAACAAAAGCUGCCCAAAAUACUGAUAAUGGAAUACCAGCUGUUGCUAUAGGUUCGCAACAGCAAAGCAUGUUUCCGACCAUGCAAAACCAGAAUUUACAAUUUCCUGUGUUCCAUUCUCCUUCACUGAAUUAUUACCAUCAAAAUCCAGUUGCUUGGCCAGCUGCACCCCCUAAUGGAUUAAUGCCCUUUCCUCACCCUAACCACUACCUAUAUGCCAGCCCUCUUAGCUAUGGUUUGAAUGGAAACUCACGUCUAUGUAUGCAGUAUAGUCCAGUGCAUCAUUUGGCAACUCCCGUGUUUAAUCCUGGUCCUGUGCCAGUUUACCAGGCAGUUGGCAAAGCCAAUGGCUUGAACUCAGAGGAGAGAAUAAAGACAUGUAUAGUGCAGGAAGCCUUAACUGAUGAUAUGGCAGAAAAGAAGGCUUCAGCUGGGUCACAUUUAACAGAAGGGCCUCCAAGUGGAGAAGGUGGGAAAAUGGAUAAUUCUGCAAAGUUGCACGUCAGCGACUCCAGCUUUUCUCUGUUUCACUUUGGUGGGCCUGUAGCUCUUUCAACGGGAUGUAAACCAGAAUCUGUGUCGAAAAAAGACGGACUAGUUGGAGAUCUUUCUUCAAAAGUUUCAGCGGAUCAGAUUGAAAAUAAUUCUGCGUGCAAUAAGAAAGAGACUACUGUGGAAGAAUACAACUUGUUUGCAGCAAGCAAUGGCUUAAGGUUUUCGUUCUUCUAAUAUAUUAGUGAGAAGGUGUGAGGUGACUGGCAGUGCAGUCUGGCGGUCCCUAUCUUCUUAUUUGCUAUUGGAAGCUCGAGUACUUUGAAGCCGGUACACACAAUAAUCUUCCUCUCAGACAUUGCAGUUCUAGCUAUAGUUUCUUCUUUUUCUUUUUUUCUUUUUUCUUUUUUUACAUUUUCGUCCCAGUUUGAUUGAUAAUCAAUUUGUUUCAAAAAAUUUUUCAGUGUAGAGAGAAAGGUUGAAAGAGUGGUAUAAUGCUCAGAGUUUUUUCUGUAUGAGAUCAGCUUUUUUCUUUUUAUUAAUGAAGCAUUUGUUGGUAUGA